AUGGAAAAAUCGAAAGGUUACUUCUUGUCUUCCUCUCGGUGUGCAGGUGCGCUCACUACCAACGGCAUCAACGCCGACACCAGCACGGAGAUUGGACGGGCGAAGAACUGCCUGAGCCCCGAGGACAUCAUUGAGAAGUAUAAGGAGGCCAUCUCCUACUACAGCAAGUAUAAGAACGCCGGGGUGAUUGAGCUGGAAGCGUGUGUCAAGGCCGUCCGCGUCCUCGCCAUUCAGAAGCGGAGCAUGGAGGCUUCGGAAUUUCUCCAGAAUGCAGUUUACAUCAACCUUCGGCAGCUCUCCGAGGAGGAGAAGAUCCAGCGCUACAGCAUCCUCUCCGAGCUCUACGAGUUGAUCGGCUUCCACCGCAAGUCCGCCUUCUUCAAGCGCGUGGCCGCCAUGCAGUGCGUGGCGCCGAGCAUCUCGGAGCCUGGCUGGAGGGCCUGCUACAAGCUGCUCCUGGAGACACUUCCUGGCUACAGCCUGUCGCUGGACCCACAGGACUUCAGCAAAGGCACUCACCGAGGCUGGGCUGCCGUCCAGAUGCGUCUGCUGCACGAGCUGGUGUACGCGUCCCGGAGAAUGGGGAACCCCGCCCUCUCUGUCAGGCACCUGUCCUUCCUGCUGCAGACCAUGCUGGACUUCUUGUCAGACCAAGAAAAAAAGGAUGUGACACAGAGCCUGGAGAACUACACCUCCAAGUGUCCCGGGACCAUGGAGCUCCUCACCCUCCCAGACGGGCUCGCGCUGCCGCCGGUGCCCUUCACCAAGCUGCCCAUCGUCAGGCGUGUGAAACUGCUGAACCUUCCCGCCAGCCUCCGGCCACAGAAGAUGAAGAGCUUGCUGGGCCAAAGCGUGUCGGCCAAGAGCCCCUUCAUCUACUCCCCGAUCAUCGCCCACAGCCGCGGGGAGGAGCGCAGCAAGAAAAUAGAUUUCCAGUGGGUUCAAGGAGAUGUGUGUGAAGUUCAACUGAUGGUGUAUAACCCAAUGCCAUUUGAACUCCGAGUUGAAAACAUGGGACUGCUCACGAGCGGAGUGGAGUUCGAGUCUCUCCCCGCGGCGCUCUCCCUCCCGGCCGAAUCUGGUCUUUACCCGGUGACGCUUGUUGGGGUCCCGCAGACGACGGGGACGAUCACUGUGAACGGCUACCACACCACGGUGUUUGGCGUCUUCAGCGACUGUCUGCUGGACAACCUCCCGGGAAUCAAGACCAGCGGCUCCACAGUGGAGGUCAUCCCUGCACUGCCCCGCCUGCAGAUCAGCACGUCUCUGCCCAGGUCCGCACAUUCAUUACAGCCUUCCUCUGGUGAUGAAAUAUCUACUAACGUGUCCGUCCAGCUUUACAACGGGGAAACCCAGCAGCUUGUUGUGAGACUGGAGAACAUUGGGAUGGAGCCACUGGAGAAACUGGAAGUCACCUCGAAAAUCCUCACCACCAAAGAAAAGCUGUAUGGUGACUUCUUGAGCUGGAAACUGGAAGAUACCCUUGCCCAGUUCCCUUUGCAACCUGGAAAGGUGGCCACCUUCACCAUCAGCAUCAAAGUGAAGCUGGACUUCUCCUGCCAGGAGAAUCUCCUCCAAGACCUCAGCGAUGACGGCAUCAGCGUGAGCGGCUUUCCGCUGUGCAGCCCCUUCCGCCAGGUGGUGAGGCCCCGGGUGGAGAGCAAGCCCGUGAACGCGGCUGAGGGCGGCCGGCCCGGGGAGCCGGGCCACGUGAAGACCCUGGAAGCUGUCCUGAACUUCAAAUACUCCGGAGGCCCAGGCCACAUUGAAGGGUAUUACAGGAACCUGGGCCUGGGGCUGCAUGUGGAGGUGGAGCCGUCUGUGUUCUUCACGCGGGUCAGUACCCUGCCGGCCACCAGCACCCGGCAGAGCCACCUGCUCCUGGACGUCUUCAAUUCCACAGAGCACGAGCUGAGCGUCUGCGCCCGGAGCGACGAGGAGCUCGUCCUGCACGCAGGCGAGUGCCAGCGAAUGGCCAUUCAAGUGGACAAGUUCAACUUCGAGAGCUUCCCAGAAUCCCCGGCGGAUAAGGGGCAGUUUGCAAAUUCCAAACAACUGGAGGAGGAGAGGCAGGAAGCCCGAGGCCUGGAGAUCAGCAGCAAGCUGGACAUCCACUGGACCAUCCCAUCUCUGAAGCGCACCGGCGAGGCGAGUGUGGAGGGCCUCCUGAACCAGCUGGUCUUGGAGCACCUGCAGCUGGCCCCUCUGCUGUGGGAUGUGCUGGUGGAUGGACAACCCUGUGACUGCCAGGCGGCGGCCUGCCGGGUCGGUGACCCGGUGCGCCUGGAGGUGCGGCUGACCAACCGGAGCCCGCGCAGCGUGGGGCCCUUUGCCCUCAGCGUGGUGCCCUUCCAGGACCACCAGAAUGGCGUUCACAACUACGACCUGCGCCACGCUGUGUCCUUCGUUGGCUCUGGCACCUUCUACCUGGAUAAGGUGCAGCCGUCGGGCCAGGUGGCCUGCCUCGGGGCGCUUCUCUUCCUCUACACGGGCGACUUCUUCCUCCACAUCCGGUUCCACGAGGACGGCCCCAGCAAGGAGCUGCCCCCAUCCUGGUUCUGCCUGCCCAGCGUACACGUGCGCGCCCUGGAGGCGCAAGCCUGAGCGCCCUGCCCCGUCCCGGGUCCCUGAUCCUGCAGGGAGAGAAGACCAGAGGCCCCCUCCUCCUGGCCACCCAGCCCCCAGCCCGCACUCACCACCAUCUGCCCGUCACGUCCUCUCUGGGACUCACAGGGCCCCGCCCCCGGCGAGCUUUGGCUAAAACAGAUGCUGACCAAGACCCCAGAGUAUGACCCAUCCACCCAGCCCAGGCUGGGGUCCCUGCACCUGUUCCCAUGACCUGGGGUUCACCACCCAGCCGGUAGGAAGGGAAGGCGAGCGUGAGGGAGGGGCCCUGCCCGGGUGGGUCUGGGGAGCCUCCCCCGGCCCCCUUGGCCCUUGGCAUCCCCCAAGGGCUUGCUCUUCUCCUGGGGACCCCGAGGCAGCCGAGCUGGGAGAGAUGGCCCUGUGGGUGACACCGAGAGUUCCCCCGGCCCCGGGGAGUGGACACCCUGCGUCAGCCGUCCUGGGCCCUGGGCUGGGUCCAGGCCGGGUUCGGGGGUGUGGCCUGUGUGUGUCCGUGUAUCGGUGACAGAUUCUCCAAUAAAGGGUCUGCCUUGCUUCUCUGCUGGUCA